AUGCCCUUGGGUAUCUUGGAAACGAAUGGAGAGAAUGAUGUCGUUUGUGGCACGGAGACAAUAGACGUAGGUGUGAUGGAAGGGCAGUGCCGGUGGACGCAGGCCAAAGAAGAGGGCCCGAACGGCGGGGAGGGCGUCCAUGGUGUAUGUCCCGACAACAACGAGUUUGCCGUCAAGCGUGUCAGGAUGCUGAGCACCAUGAUGACUAUCAUGUGCAAAUGGGCAGGCGUCCGAGUCCCCAUCACAACACAGAACCGGUGUUGUCUGGAGUUAGGGUCAACGCACAAUUCAUCUGGCGAUUUGACUGUCAGACAAGUUGUGUCGAAUCGUAGGCCUCAUGAAUUCCGCGAAAAUGAUACCGGGGUAGCGAUGUCCUCGAAGUCCAGGUUUGAACCACAUCCAAUCUGUUAUACGUGGUACCUAUGGGACGGAGGAGUAACCAGUUUUAUGAUGACCAGCUAUGCAUCCGGCUUCUUCAUGCGCGAUUCCUAUUUCAUAGACAACGGGAACACUCACAGAAGUAGCGUAAGAAUGCAGAUGCGACGAUUGUUGCGUUGGACAACGUUGUACACCGGGAACCUCCGUGGAUGGCUGUUUGAUCGAGAGCAGCCAAAUCCUGAAGACAGAGGUCACAUAAUGCCCUUCGGCCAGGCACAUUGA